AUGUUCAUUAUUGUAUUUGUACUGGGCGCGUCGUUGUGUACUAAUGCGUACCCUAUCACCGAUACUUACACCGUCUACUCCCCACCCCAACUACCUCCUACUCCCGUGCUUCAAUCUCGGAAUUUGUAUGGCCAAAAAUGGAUCUUGGAUACGUACGACAAGACUCUCCAAGAUGAGGAUAAGGCGGUGUUCAAGAACACCUUAACCAACGUCCCAGUCGGCUCCAGAAUCUCCAACGACGGUGCCAACAACCGUGCCAUGUUCCUCCUUUCCGGUGAGAAAUACUAUAUGGGUCACCCUACGGGGGACCUCAUAAUGAAAGUCCUUCGCGGAAAACCCGACGACAAUGCUUUCGUCGAAGUCAAAGUCCUCCGCGAGGCCGGGGAUUUAAUCGCUGCUGGUAUGCUCCACGACGCGAGGCUGUCGAAGACGGCUAUUCCUGUGAUUAUCAUGAAGAAGAAAUCGGGUCAGGUUUUGAGUGGAACGGGGGUGUAUAGGAAGGCUAGUGGUAGGGAGAAGAAGAGGAUGGAGGGAGAGGCGGUGGGGAAGAUGUGUGAGAAGGUGGCGGAAUUUGCGGAGAGGAAACAGAUUUUGCGGCUUGACAACAAGGAACAAAAUGCCCUCGUCACAUUAUCUGGCAAAACAGUUACCUCUGUUGAACUCGUCGAUAUGGGACCUCCAGGGAUUUUCUCGGUGAGUAGAGACGCUAAACGAGAAGACAUCAUAAAUUUCUGUACAAGAUUCGCAAUCAAUAUCUUUGUACCGGAACAGUGA